AUGUAUAAUACUGCAAGAUCAGGUGUACUUCCACUAUUCAGCCCCGCUGCUACACAAGCCGCCGUAGAAGCUUCGACCGAGUCCUUCCCAGCCGACUACAUCACCAACAUCAUCCUCGAGAUCAGCGGCUACCUUGUCUCUCUCGUUGAGCAGACCGCACUGUUUGGUAGACCUUCAAACGAUCAUUACAGUCCCAGCUUAGGCACUCUCCACGCUCGCCUUCACGGCGGCCAACUCAACCCAAGUCCCAUUCAGUCCCACGCCAACGAAACUGCGCGUAUCAAGGCCACCCUAGGUCAGCAUACGACCACGGAUGUUACUCAACGUCCAUUGGAGGACUUUGAAGACCUCUACUAUGCAGUUCUCGCUCGUAUGCAAGACAUUCACCAAAUUCUGAACGCACGUCUCGGCAGUGGCUUCAGCACUUUCACUGACGCUGUCUACCCAGACGGCCCAAGCAUAGCCGACUUGUACGUCAGCCUCGCGCAGUACUGGGAUGCUCUCAACCACAACAAAUUUGUCAAGGCCAUCGACUGCGCAGUUCGUCGCUCUCGUGUCAAGUAUCUUCACCAAGAGAUUAUCGCACAAGUGCAUAACGACGAGAUCACACACUCAGAUGCAGAGGAGCUACUGAACGAUCUCUACGAUCCAAAAGAUUACAACGGCAUUCAAGGACUGGCUUGGGUAAGCGGGUGGGCGCCGAGCAUGGUCGCUGCCUGGCUGCAAGAGAAGUACCGUAUCGUCUUGAAGAUCGAGAAGGAAGAUGCAGAUAGCAAGAGCCGGAUGGAAAGGAGGCGAGCCAGGAUGGGAAGGAAGUUCAAACAGCCACAGCAUGAGUUGAGGUCGAAGAAGGAGGUCAAGAAAGUAGUCGAAGGGAUGGAUAUGGCAGGCGGCGAAGUAAAGAAGGUCGUGCCAGUCGCGGAACAACAGGAAGAGCAGGCUAUUUCAGGCCACCAAGACCCCCAAGAUCAACUACUGCAGUAUGCGCUCGAAUGGCAGAUCAAGACUCAGCGUGUCUCCGAGUACAGUCAGUACCUGAGAAGCAUGGCCAGUCGCAACGCUAGGUACCUUGUCGAAAGUACGACUUCCAGCAACGACAUGCGUAUGGGAAAUUCCAAUGGUGCGGUCCAGUACGACGACAACGAAGAUACGAACAUGGCGGGCAGGGUCUUCUGGAUGCGUUAG